AUCCACAAAUGUUGAAAUCAGAAGUGAAAGUACCACCUUACAAAAAGAAAACAGUAAUGCUACAUCAAUAUGAUAGCCAUAAGUCUUUCCCAACAUCUUCAAUCAUUAUACUCAAUCCUUUCUUCCCAGCAUAUAAUAGAGGUCAUUCCCUAAAUAUUAAAUCCUCUCUUCCAAUUGUUCACAGGGCAACUUAAGCAACCUGUGGGACUUCAAAAAUGGCAGGAACAUCCAAUAAUAUGGCAGCUUUGCAUGACUCAUUUAAGAAGUUUGCUAUUCACGGGGAUACCGCCUCAACUGGUAAUGAAAUGAAUGGGAAAAACUGGUCCAAACUCUGCAAAGACUGCAAAGUCAUCGAUGGCAAAACAGUAACUUCAACAGAUGUGGACAUUCUCUUUUCGAAAGUAAAAUCAAAGUCAGCUCGAGUAAUCACCUUUGAAGAGUUUAAAAUGGCACUGGCAGAACUUGCUCCAAAGAGAUUUAAAGGCAAAAGUCAAGAGGAGGCACUGGCAUCAAUUUAUGCCCUGAUUGCUGGAAAAGAUCCAACUAAUGCUGGAGUGACAGUUGCAUAUAAAGGAGGUGGUGUUGACAGACUAACAGACACCUCCAAGUAUACUGGAACCCACAAAGAACGCUUUGAUGAAAGUGGCAAAGGCAAAGGGCUAAGUGGCAGAGCAGACCUGGCUGAAAAUACAGGAUAUGUUGCGAAUUACAAAGGAGCUGGAACGUAUGAUGAAAAAGUGCAAAAAUAAGACUGCAUAGUGCUGCCUGAGACCAUUUCCAUUAAAGGACUCAAUAAUCUUUUGUUAAUUUGCUCAAGGUCCUCUCCAGCAUUUUCAAUAAAACAA